UAGACCCUUUGUCUCUCUCUCUUCAACACCCGAGCAUCGGCUAUCUCCUUCUACAUCUCCGUCUCUUUUCUUCUAUCACUUAUUACCCACCACUACCACUCCUACUGAAACUACUGGCAUCACAUCCUCGUCCGUCGUUUCACCCCUCUAACACGCCUUUGUCCCACCACUUGCUCCUCUUACACUCGUGUCGGUCUUUGUCUAGCCCCCCGAGCGUAUCCCCAAUCCCUCUUACAUUACAUCCCCACGCAACCGGGUCGGGCGAGUCCAACGAGUUUGCGAGGGGAGUCGGGCAGAAUCCAAGACCAGUCCGCCGUGAACCGCAGUGUUAACUAGACGCAUAUUAAUAUCGCUCCGUUUUUAAAUUUAAAUUCAAAUUUUAUCAAGACACCAGCGAUUUACUAUCGAACUACAAGUCUGCAACCGACUAUCAUUAACUACUUGCGCAUAAAUAUUUUUUAAAAUUUAUUUGCCAGCUAAUAAUUACUUAACACGGGAUCGCAACGUACCUAGUGUAUUUAUCCAUCGGCCAUGUUUGGUGUUUACGAGACAAGGGGAAGCUGUUACUCUGACGUCACAAGACUAAACUAAACUGUCAAUAGAGUGCAGCACCUCCAGCUCAUAUCAAUACUAUUUACCAUCAGGUGUUACUUGCUCGGCAUUUUUUAUCAUACUACAACUAAAUAUAAAAAAAUAAAAACUAAAAAAAAGAGUAAAAUUUUCCAGCCACGAUCUAUGUGAAAGUUUAAAAAAAAAAAGCUGUCAUAAACUACUUACUUAAAUUAGUAGUAAAGUGGAGUUAAAACAUUUGGCGUGAACACACGCGGAUUGGAUUUUCGACAACGCGCACCAGUGCCGCGUUAAUUAAACUCCGAUGGGACGUGCGUGUCCACCUCUGGUUGUUCUCGCCGGUCUUACCACUGGUAGUCUUUUUAUUAAAAAUACUACUACUAUUUCAGCAAAUACUAUUGCUCCUGAUACUGCUGCUACUUCAGCAAUAACUACAACAACUACUACACACCAUCCUGAAAACAUUAACCGUUACGACGACGAGGACGACGCAGUCGUCUCACUGGUGAAAUAGCCGCUCUCUCUAAUCAUUGGCCCCGGUGGUGCGGCACGAGCUGAGGCCAGUGCAAAAAACAUUUAAAUUAUGUUUAUUAAGUAUUAUCUAUAGGUAACUAACCGCACGUGUUUAAUUAAAUUUAAAUUUAAUUACGAAUUUUGAAUUUCGUGCAGUGACAGUUUUUUUAAACAUAAAUAAACAAAUUUAUUGUGUUUUGGUUUUAGUUCAUGACCCUCAGUGCAUACAUACUCACUUGGAUUACGCGAUUGUGUGUGUGGGUAAUAAAUAGUUUCAUAUACAUAUGGUGUUACAAUUAAUAGUGAUUAGAUUUAUCAAAUGUGUGGAUUUAAUUAUUGGAUAUGUAAAUUCACAGAAGAGUGUUACGUCGAUGUGACGUUUGUGAGAGUUUAGUAUUUUUGAUUUACGGAUAAACAGUCUAGAAAAAGUUUAAGGAGUAAUAAUCGUUUGGCAAAUAAUAUAUAUAAAGUAUAUUUAUCAAAAUGGAUCUAGGAGACAGGGUUUAUGCCGCUGAACGGAUCACCAAGAAGAGAGAAAAGCGGGGUAAGAUAGAGUACUUUGUCAAAUGGAAGGGAUGGAGUAAAAAAUACAAUACAUGGGAGCCAGAAGAAAAUAUAUUGGAUGUAAGGCUGAUAGAGCUUUACGAAGAGAGUCAAAGGGGAGGCGACGUUGUUACAAGAAGACCCAGAAGGCGUGACACAAGAUACAACGUAAGAUACUGCUCUUUGUUGGAUGAUGAAAUAGAUGAAAAAGAAACAAGUACCAACGUGACUACUUUACAUCAACAGGAUCAGGUUUUGGCAAAUCUCGUGGUUGAAGAGGAACCUGGUGGUGAUGAAAGAGCCGGUGAGGAUAGUCAAGAUGAAACUGGUAGUACUUCGGCAGUAAUAGCAGCACCACGUCGUUUAAAUUCAGUAACAACCGCUGUUGCUGCUGCUACUGCUGAUGAUGAUACAUUACCUAGUUCACUUGAUGGUCAUGAGUCGCCAUCACCACCAAAAUUGUUGUCAGCAGCCGCAGCAGCGUCAUCCUUUGGCGUUGAUUCCGACAGUUCUAAUAGCAGCGUUGACAUUCCAUUGUUACCAAGAAGAGAGCCCGCUGGUACCAAGAGGAAAGCCGAGGUAUUGAGUAAGGAAUCAGGUAAAAUCGGUGUCACCAUCACGACCAGUCCAAGCAGCGGAGGCGGGAGUCCACCACCACCAGCAAACAAAAUACCAAGGCUACUUCCUAUUAAAUCUAAUUCAACACCUUAUCACAAUCACAAAUUAAACGGCAGAAGACCCUCGUCUUCGAGUGUAAAAUCAACACCCGAAGAGCCUCUACCAGCAGUACCAACUACUCCAGCACCAGCUGUACAGGAUAAAAAACGACCAGAGGCUGAUGUUCCUCACGGGCCACCACCUUCACUACCUCGGGCACAACCUGCCCCGCUAUCACCAAGAAUAGACACUCCUCUAGAGCAAGUCGAGCACAAACCGAAGAAGAGGCCGCUUGAAAAAACAGAUAAGUCUAAUGGUACUGUUGCUAAUGGUGCCAAUGGACACAAAUCUCCGAGUCCUACUGAUGCGUAUACCAACAACAACAGGUUAACGCCUAUUGUUAAUGGUCAUCAUGGUCACAAUAAUAAUAAUAAUAAUAAUAAUAAUAAUAUAAAUACUAGUAUUAAUAAUAAUAAUAAUAAUAAUAAUAAUAAUAAUAAUAAUAAUACGAAUAAUAACAAUAAUAAUAAUACCAGCAACAAUAAUAAUAAUAAUAAUAAUAUUAGUAGUAUAAAUAAUAAUAAUAAUAAUAAUAAUAACAAUAGUAUGAAUAUAAAGCAACCGGAAAUAAUAAAAUCAGAUUUGUAUAUUCCAUUGAGUAGUCCAGGUACUGAUUACUGGCACGCGAGAAACCCCGUUGCUGAUCAGGUAUUUAUUACUGACGUGACGGUUAAUCUUAAAACCGUCACUAUCAGGGAAUGCAAGACUGAAAAAGGAUUCUUUCGUGAACGAGAUCCUAAGAGCGAUAUUUAUUAAAUAUAAAUAAUUUAAAAAAUAUAUAUAAAGAUACAGUCUUAUUGUAAAUAUAAAUUAUUUUCACACAAAUAUACUUGAUCAUUGAACAAAGUAACGGCUAUGAUAAUAUAUAUAUAUAUAUAUUUUUUUUUGUCAAUUGAUUUAAGUAUUUUAACAAAUAUGUGGCCAGAUAUAAACAAAAAAAAAGUAAAUAAUUAUUUUAUAUGGUCUGGUUUAUGGAAAACAAAAUUGGUCAUAAAACAGAGCUUUGUAUAUAUGAGUAGGCUUGAUAGUCUUUAGAUUGCGGGUGAUCUGGUAAAUUAAUAUCUUAAUUUUUAAAAUAAUUAUUAAUUACUAUUAAUAUUAUUAUUGUAAAUUAUAUUUUUAUCGUCAUUAUUGCGCAGUUAUUAUUUAAUUUAAACGGGUAAAUUAUUCGACGUAAUUCUUUUUAAAUUAUAAACUUAAAGGUAAUAUUCUUUAGUUUAUUUGGCUGUUAAGAAGAAUGACGUAACGUAAAUUGUUUCAUUUUUAUUACUUUAAUUAAUAGAUUUAUUCAUUAAUGGGAAAUAACGUUCGGGUAAGUUAGCAAAGUGCAUGCUAACGAUUACCGAUGGCUUUUUUUGUUGAAAUUUAAACUGUACCCGCUUGAUGUUGAAAAGGCAGUUAUCGUUUGUAAAUUUUUUUUAAAGUAAGUUGGUUUUGCAGUUUUAUUAAAGUUUGUUAGUUUUUUUUUUUU